AUGGACGAUACAAGUUCAUUAGAAUUUGGUGAUAAUUUAUACAAACCACAAAGGAGACUAUUAACAUUUUUAUUCAAACAUUUGAAUUAUCCAAUACCAAGUGAUAAUGAAAGAAAAUUACAUCCAAGACAAGCAAGUAAUUUUAUUUUUAAAAUUUUCUUUUGGUGGGCAACUCCAUUAAUGACAGUUGGAUAUACAAGAACUUUACAACCAAAUGAUUUAUGGAUUUUAACUGAUGAUUUAAAAUUAGAAAGUAAUUAUGAAAUCUUUGAUAUGUAUCUUGAUAUGGAAAUUGCAAGAGCUUCAAUGGCUCAUAUUGAACAAAAAUGUAAAGAAAGAGGCGAAACAAUUGAGAAUUCAUCAGUACUGAGAGAAGAAGAUUUAAAAGAUUUUAAAUUAACUGCUAAAAAUAUUGCUAUUGUUAUUUUUCUAACAUUAAAAAGAGAUAUCAUAAAAAGUGUUAUAAUAGCAGUUAUUGCAUUAACAUGUUGGGCUGUUGUACCAUUAUUAACUAAACGUUUAAUUAAUUUUGUUGAAGAAAAAACUUUAGGAAUUGUAUCAAAAGUAGGGAAAGGUAUUGGAUUUUCAUUUGGAGUUGUUGCUAUAAUGUUUUUAAGUACUAUUUUAUUCAAUCAUUUUAUGUAUAUUGGAUCAGUUAUGGGUGCAAAAGUUAAAGCUAUUUUAACAAAAGCUAUACUAGAUAAAUCAUUUAAAUUGAAUGCCGAAUCAAGACAUAGAUUCCCUCAAGGUAAAAUCACAAGUUUGAUAACUACUGAUUUAUCAAGAAUUGAAAUUGCAUGUUUAUUGCAACCUUUGUUGAUAUGUUUACCCGUUCCAAUUAUUAUUGCCAUAGUUAUUUUAAUUGUAAAUAUUAAAGUCUCAGCUGUUAUUGGUAUUGUUGUUUUCGUUUUAUUUUUGGGUGUAAUUUCAAUUGGUGCUAAAAAAUUAUUCGAAUAUAGAGACAUUGUUAGUAAAAUAACAGAUAAAAGAGUUAAUUUAAUGAAAGAAAUAUUAAAUAAUUUAAAAAUGAUCAAAUAUUAUUCAUGGGAACAUCCUUAUCAUAGAAAUAUAAUGAAAGUAAGAGGUGAAGAAAUUGAUCUUAUAUUAAAAAUUCAAACAUUAAGAAACAUUAUCUUUUCAUUAGCAAUGACAUUAACCGGUAUAUGUGCAAUGAUUGCUUUUAUUAUUUUAUAUGCUAUUCAAGGUUCAACUUCUAGUCCAGCUACUAUGUUUUCGUCAGUUACGUCUUUUGAAAUUUUAGGAAUGAUGGUUUUUUUCAUACCUCAAGUAUUGUCAACUACUGUGGAUAUGGUGAAUGGGUUUAAAAGAAUUGGUGCGUUAUUAGCAGCUCCAGAAGAUCAAAAGUACGAAGGAUAUCAUCAGGUAGAAGAUAAAAGUAACGACGACGCAGUGAUAUUAUCUGAUGCUACUUUCAAAUGGGAUGUUUUCAGUGAUGAUGAAGAAGAUGAAGAUGAAGAUGAUGAAGAGAAAAAGAAAGAGAAAAAGGAGAAAGAGAGAUUGGAAAAGAAAGCUAACAAAAAGCAUUGGUGGAAAUCAUCAAAAUCCAAAAAAAGUGAUAAAGCGAGUGAAGUUGUUAAAUUGGAGAAACUCGAGUCAAGAACCUCCAACAAGAAAAAUAAAGAUGAUGAAAAUGAUGAAGAAAGUGUAAAUUUCACUGGAUUCAAUGAUCUUAAUUUAGAAAUAAAGAAGGGAGAAUUUGUAGUAAUCACUGGUGUAAUUGGAUCAGGUAAAACUUCAUUAUUAAAUGCGAUAGCCGGAUUUAUGAGAUGUGAUACUGGUACGAUAGAUAUAAAUGGUUCCUUAGUCUUAUGUGGUACACCAUGGAUUCAAAACAAUACUAUUAGAGAAAAUAUCACAUUUGGUACACCAUUUGAUCAAAAAUUUUAUGAUGAAACUAUUUAUGCAUGUGCAUUAAAUGUUGAUAUAAAUAAUUUAGAAGGUGGUGAUUAUACAGAAGUUGGUGAAAAAGGAAUAACAUUAUCAGGAGGUCAAAAGGCAAGAAUUAAUUUAGCUAGAGCUGUUUAUGCUGAUAAAGAUAUUAUAUUGAUGGAUGAUGUAUUAAGUGCUGUUGAUGCUCGUGUUGGCAAACAUAUCUUGAGUCAUUGUUUAUUGGGUAUUUUGAAAGAAAAAACAAGAGUCUUGGCAACUCAUCAAUUAUCAUUGAUAGGUCAAGCUGAUAGAAUUAUAUUUUUAAAUGGUGAUGGAAGUAUAAAUAUUGGACAAAUGGAUGAUUUAUUAGAAACCAACACAGAAUUUAAUAAUUUAAUGAAACAUAGUAAAUUUGAAGCUGAAGAAAAAGAAGACGAAGUAGAAGAUUCAGUUGAAGAAAUUGUUGAAGAAAUAGAUUUAGGUAGUGAAAAAGGUAAAUCAUUAGUUCCAAAAUAUUCUCAUAGAAGACAAGAUUCAACUCAAGAAUUAACUAGAAGAAGAACUAAUAUAGAAUUGAUUUCAUCUAAUGAAGAUGAAGAAUAUAAAGAUUACAACCAUAACAAAGAUAAAUCAAAGGGUAAAAUUAUAACAGAAGAAGAAAGAGCAAUUAAUAGUAUCAAAUGGGAUAUUUAUAGUAACUAUUUGAAAUAUGGUUCUGGAUUUUUAAAACCAAUUGGAUUCAGUAUUGUAUUUGUUAUAUUAUUAACCCUUUCAACAUUCCUUGAAAUUUUUACAAAUACUUGGUUAUCAUUUUGGGUUGCACAAAAAUUCCCACAUAGAUCAAAUGGAUUUUAUAUUGGACUUUAUGUUAUGUUUAAUAUUUUAUGGGUUGUCAUGUUAACUUGUACUUUUAUAUUUUUAGUCACUGGUACUACAAUCUCAUCAAAGAACUUGAACAUAUUGGCUAUUAAUAGAGUAUUACAUGCACCAAUGGCAUUUAUGGAUAUUACACCAAUGGGAAGAAUCUUGAAUAGGUUCACUAAAGAUACAGAUGCAUUAGAUAAUGAAAUUACUGAGAAUAUGAAAAUGUUUUUCCAAUCCAUUGCUAAAAUGAUUGGUGUAUUUGUAUUAUUAAUUAUUUAUUUACCUUGGUUUGCUUGUGCAUUACCUAUUAUAUUUAUUUUAUUUUUUUGUAUUGCUAAUUUUUAUCAAGCUUCAAAUAGAGAAGUUAAGAGAUUAGAAGCUAUUUUAAGAUCAUUUGUUUAUAAUAAUGUUACUGAAGUAUUAAGUGGGAUGAACACCAUUAAGGCGUUCAAUGAACAAAAUAGAUUUGCUUUGUUAAGUAAUGAUUUGUUGAACAAGGCAAAUGAAGCUACUUUUACCGUUAAUGCUAAUCAAAGAUGGUUAGGUAUUCAAUUAGAUAUGUUAGCAAAUGGUGUUUUGUUGCUUGUUUCAUUACUCUGUGUGAACAGAGUGUUUCAUAUAAAUGCAGCUGCCGUGGGAUUAUUAAUGACUUAUACUUUACAAGUUACUGGUGAAUUAAAUAAUUUAGUUAGAACUUUUACACAAGUUGAAAAUGAUAUGAAUUCAGUUGAAAGAAUUAUUCAUUACGCGUUGAAUUUAGAUCAAGAAGCUGGUUAUGAUUCUGGUAAGAUAACUACUUCAAAUUGGCCUGGUGAUGGAUCAAUUGAAUUUCAACAAGUUAAUAUGAAAUAUAGACCUGGAUUACCAUUAGUUUUAAAAGAUUUAUCCUUACAAAUAAAACCACAGGAGAAGAUUGGAAUAUGUGGAAGAACAGGAGCUGGUAAAUCUUCAAUCAUGACUGCAUUAUACAGAUUAUCAGAAUUAGAUUCAGGUAAAAUUUUAAUAGAUGGUGUUGAUAUUUCUUCACUAAACCUUAAUGAAUUAAGAUCUCAAUUAUCGAUCAUACCACAAGAUCCUGUAUUGUUUAAUGGUACUAUCAGAUCCAAUUUAGAUCCAUUCAAAGAAAAAAAUGAUGAAGUAUUAUGGGAAUCUUUAAGAAGAUCCGGUUUAUUGACUACUGAAGAAAUUUCAAAAGCUAAACUUAUACCAAAAGAUGCUGAAGAAUUACCAAAAUUUCAUUUAUAUCAAUCAGUUGAAGAUGAAGGUGAAAAUUUUUCAUUAGGAGAAAGACAAUUGAUAUCAUUUGCAAGAGCAUUAGUUCGUGAUUCAUCAAUAUUAUUCUUAGAUGAAGCUACUUCAAGUAUAGAUAUUAGUGCUGAUAAAUUAAUUCAAGAAACCAUACGAUCAGAGUUCAAGGAGAAGACAAUUUUAACCAUUGCUCAUAGAUUACAUACAAUUAUUAAUUAUGAUAAGAUAUUGGUAAUGGAUAAAGGAACUUUAAAAGAAUUUGAUACUCCAUGGAAUUUGUUUAAUGCUGAAGGGUCAGUUUUUAGGGAGAUGUGUGAAAAAUCAAACAUUGUUGCUGAGGACUUUGAGAAGAGAGGUUGA